UCCCUGUCUUCUGCCGCUCCACCGACAUCAAAGGAAAACAAAUAACACAUACAAUGGAGAGAGAAGUUGUCGCCGGCGGCGAGUCCCCGACAAAGCCUCCUCAUUCAGGGGAUACGAUAGACCAGCUCAUCGACCACGCUUCCUUGGUUGCUUCCUUCGCCGCGCAGUUUGGUUCCAAAGCCGCCGCCAUGAAAUCGCGCUCCGAGGAGCUGCGGCUAGCGGAGGAGAAGGUGGCAGAAGCGAUGAAGGAGCUCGCGCGGAAGGAGGAGGAGCUAAAGAAGGAGGCCGAGGCGGCGAAACGGAAGUCGUCGUUGGUCGACAAGAAGGAGGCGGCUUUCGAGUUACUGAUGAAGAAGGAGAUUGCGGUCCGGAUGAAGCACGAGGAGGAGAUUGCGGCGGAGAAGGCGGCGGCGGAUGCGAAAUUGAAGGAGCUCGGAGAUAGAGAGGAAGAUUUCGAGGCGCUGGGGAGUUACAUCGAGGAGAGAGCGAUUAGAGUUCGGGAGCUUGAAGAGGAGGCAGAGGAGAAGAGGAAGGAGCUCGAGGCGAAAGAGAAGGAGAUUGAGCUCGAGAGAGCGGCAUUCGACGAGCAAUCUGCAGAAUUCCAGGUUCGUUUCACUGAAUUGAGAGUUAAAGAGAGGGGAAUCGAGGAGAAAGAGAGACAAUGUAGAGCACUCGAAUCGAAUACUCAGCAAUCCUUUGAUGAGUUGAGAUUAAGGGUUAGAGAGUUCGAACAAAGUGUGGAGGAAUUCCAUAGGAAAGAGGAGAAAAUAGUUGAGUGGGAGAAGCGCUGCAAAGAACUUGAAUGCAAAGUUGAACAGUCGUUCAACGAGCUCAAGUUGCGCGAGAAGGGGUUCCGAGAUCGAUUUGUAGAGUUUAAAGCAAAGCAGGUGAGGUUUGAGCAGUCUUUGCGCGAAUUGAAAGAGAAAGAAGGGGAGAUAGAGGAGAAAGAGGGAGGCUUUGAAGAAAGGCUUAAGGAUAUCAAAGUUAGAGAGGAAGGGUUAGAGAAGAAAUUAGAGGAGUUUAAAGCAAAAGAGGUUAGGUUUGGGAAAGAUGUGAAUAGGUUGGGAUUGAAAGAAAGGGAAAUUGGGGAGAAAGAGCUAUGGUCUAAGGAGCUUGAGCUUAAAGUCCAACAAUGCCUCGAUGAUCUCAAGUUGAAGGAGAACAAAUUGCUUAAGCAAUUAGAAGAGUUGAAAGAGGAAACAGUGAAGUUUGAUGCACUUUCAAGUGCACUGAAAGUUAAAGAGAAGGAAAUCGUUGAGAGAGAUAAAGUGUCAAGAAAAAAGGAAUUAGAAGUUCGGCAGUGCUAUGAUGUUCUUGAAUCAAGAGAGAAGCGCUUCAACCAAAAAUCGGAAGAGUUCAAAGCAAGGACAGCAAGGUUUGAGCGACGUCUUUACGAAUUAACGGCAAAAGAAAGAGAAAUGGAGAAGAAAGAAAAGCAGCACAAAGAACUUGAACAAUGGUCAAGAGAAUCAAAGAUGAAAGGAAGGGAAACUGAAGCAAAAGAAAAGCAAUUGAAAGAGCUUGAAUCAAAGGUGCAGGAUUGUAAAAAGAGACUCUCACGGUUUCAAGUGGUUGACAAUAGCCUCAAGUUGAGGGAGGAGAAACUUGCACUGAAGGAGAAGCAACUUGAAGAGAGGUAUAAGGAAUUUGACCCAGAAGGUAAGAAAUUGGCAGACCGUAUGAAAGAUGUGGAGUUGAAAAUGAAGCAGGUUGAGAGUAGGUGUGGGGAAUCUGAACUGAAAGAUAGAAAACUUGCCAGGUCGCUUUCUGUAGGAGUGAAGCUAGAGCCCCUGGUUUCAUCUAUGUGUACCAUGGCUCAUUCAUCUGAAGCGAACAUUAGCUUCUGUGUGGUAAUGAAUGGAAGAGACUUGCAAAUCUUCUUAAAUGAGCGUUGCAAGGAUCAUGAUUCGAUGAAGGAUGAAGUACAGACUGCUCUCAGACUUUCAUCUGAUCCUGCAAAGCUUGUCUUGGAUGCAAUGCAAGGAUUUUACCCUCCACAUUUGAAGAAGGGGGAUGCUGAGUUUGAAGAGGCUGUUGUAAGAAGCAGUUGCAUAUUGUUACUGGAGCAGCUGACAAAAAUGUCCCCUGAAAUUAAACCAACUACAAGAAAUGAAGCAAUGAAACUAGCCUUUGAUUGGAUGACAAGAUUGAAGUGUGAUGCCGAGCACGCCUUGGACAUUAUGGCAUUUCUGCAACUUCUGGCUGCAUAUGGGUUAGCCUCUGCUUUUGAUGAUGAUGAACUUGCAAUUCAAUUGGGCGUUGUUGCUAACUUCAGCCAGGCUCAUACACUGUUGCAAGACCUUGGUUUAGCUGACAAGAUCUCUAGUAAGUUUGCAAUGACCUUGCCAAAAGAUAAUCAGGCGCCCAACUUGGCCUGUUCCCUUGAGGAUAAACAACCUGCACCCUCAAACCCUGCUUCUAUCUCCUCCUUGAAUGCUCUCAAUAUCCUUUCAGACUCGAGGACUCUAUCAGGUGGUAAACGUUCAUGGUCAAAUGCACGUGCUGAUGAUAAUCACACACAAUCUCCUGGUUCGGCUGCUGUGACCUCUGUAAGUUUACCUGCACAGCAGCCAGAAAGGUUAAAUGUACCAGCCCAGCAGUCAGAGAGGUUAUCCAUUGAUCAAGCAAGCUGCAGUGAUCCUUCCCCCAUAAAGACUGAGCAGUCUGGAGCUAGCAACAUAAAUGUUUCUUUGCCCUCGAAAUCGCUGUUUGUGCCUGAAUGUCUUGAGGGCAGCACGCGUCUCAGAUUAUUAUUUAGGAGACUCGAGAAGAAGUCUCUAUACUGCAAAGAGGUUUAUGAUACCCUGGAACUUGCAUCUGAUCAUGGAGAGUUCGUGUUAGGUGUAAUUAAGAAUCCGUCCUCUCUCAUCUUGAAGAAGGGCAAUGAAGCAGUCGGCCUAGCUAAUCCAUUACACGGUCCGUUGCUCUUGUUAGAGUUUAUGCGGAAAAUGUCAACACGUGUUAAGCCAGAAGCAAAGAGGAAAGCCUUGAGCUUUGCAAGGGACUGGAGAUCUGAACUUGCUAAGCAGAUUAAGGAUAACUUGGAAGCUGUAUGUUUCUUGCUGUUUUUAGCUGUCUACAAAUUGGUCUCCCAUUUCGACCACGAGGAGCUCUUUAGUGUUUUUGGUAAAGGAAAUUGGCCCCUCAAUGUGACCAAGCUAUUUCGGAUUCUCGGCCUCAAGAAUUUGAUCCCAAAGUUUCUCAAAUACCUUAUGAGAAACAAGCGGACGAGGGUUGCUCUUUCCUGUAUCAAUGCAUCGAGUCUGCUUGAGAAGGCCCCUUCAACAACCAAGAUUUCCCUGAAUAAGUAUUUUCCUAAAUCCCCAAAGGAGUCGUUGGGAACUGAAACCAUUGGUCAGCAGAUUGAAGCGAUUAACAGAGAACUAGACAUAUGGAAAGCCGUCGUCCAACCCAUCUCAGAUCAGGGCUUGGCCGAGAGCAUCCGGGCCCACAUUUAUGACCUGGAGAAGCAGAGGGAAGAGAAACUUCAUCCGAAUACAAACGGGAUACCCAGUUCCAGACCUCCUCGCGAGCUUAAAUUACCCCGCCAGCAAGAACAGCAGGACAAUCCAGCUCCUGUGUCCUCUGAACCUACCUUGGUUGAUCCGAGCGCCAAGACCAACGCUGCUGCCUCCUCUGCCACUUCCAUGUCUUCCACUUCACCUCAGGACGAGAGCAGUGCUCCCAAGCGUCGUCGGGUGGCUGUAUCGUGGAACGAACCUGAAUCACCACCGGUGCCCACCCAGGAGUUCAUAAGGGGCCCCUUUAUACCUCCUGUCCCAGCUGAUCCUUAUCCGCAUGUGCCGCCGCCGCCACCACCACUACCACCACCACCACAUUAUGGCUUCCCAGGGUACCCUCCCUUUAGAAGUCACAGCAACCCUAUGUUUGCGGGGGCUUACUAUCAACAGCAUAACCCGUACGGGUAUCCUGGACAUGGAAGGUCAGUACCCUAUUGACAUUAUCACCUCUUUUUCUUAGGACCGUAGAUACUGGACGGUAGGUUUUCUAAGUCUCGGGGCUUCGUCUGCACAUAAGCUCUUCAUUAUUUAACCUGUACAUAGGUGGUCUGUCGCAUGUAAAUGUCAUGCAGUUUUGGUAACUUCUGGACCUUAUUUAUGAUUGAAGUUCCAUUGAUGUAUUAUAGCAUACUAGCUUAUUACCCGGCCCCUUGGCCGGAGAUAGCCCAAAAGAAUUGGUCGCAGAACUGUUGCGAAUAUCUACACAUCAGCUUGCGUCUUGAAUGCGUCUUUGCUCGGCCCGUUGGUCUGUUGUGAAGUAAUCAUUAUGAAUAGAUUUUGGUAAUAAUU